AAAAAUAGAAAAUAGCUAUUAAGUAGGUAUAUACUUAUGUCUUAUCAAGUUAGUUUAGAACACUCGUUUAAUUACAUAUUUCAAAAUGUCAAAAGGAAGAGUUAGUGAAGUUGUGAAAAACUUAAUUAAAGUAGGUAACGAAAACACAGGAUUUGCACAGAGCUUGCAGAAGGUCAAUAUAUUAUCCUGUGAAAAUGGUAAAUUAAAAGCAGAAUUUAAGGUCGAUGAAACUAUGACAAAUCAUUAUGGAACACUUCACGGAGCGUUUAGUAGUUUAAUUUUAGAUAAUUUAACCUCGUAUGCAUUGGUUACACAUCCAAAAGCAAAAUCUGCUGGAGUUAGUGCCAACAUGUAUAUUGAGUACCUAAAAACUGCUAAAAUUGGCCAAGUUCUGGAAGUUGAUGCAAUCGCAAUCAAAGUUGGUAACAUUUUGGGGUUUACAGAAAUGGCGUUAAAGGACAAAGAAACAGGACAAUUGAUAGUAAAAGGUACACAUACCAAAUUUGUUGUUAGUUUAGAACACGCGUUUAAUUAUACACUUUUCAAAAUGUCAAAAGGGCGAGUUAGUGAAGUUGUGAAAAACUUAGUCAAAGUAUAUAACGAAAGCAAAGGAUUUGCACAGAGCUUACAGAAGGUCAAUAUAUUAUCCUGUGAAAAUGGUAAUUUAAAAGCUGAAUUUAAAGUCGAUGAAACCAUGACAAAUCAGUAUGGAACACUUCACGGAGCGUUUAGCAGUUUACUUUUAGAUAAUUUAACAUCGUAUGCAUUGAUUACACAUCCAAAAGCACAAAAUGCUGGAGUUAGUGUCACCAUGUAUACUGAGUACUUAAGAUCUGCUGAAAUUGGCCAAGUUUUAGAAGUUGACGCGUUCUCUACCAAAGUUGGUAAAAUUUUAGCGUUUACAGAAAUGAUAUUAAAGGAUAAAGAAACAGGACAAUUGAUAGUAAAAGGUUCACAUACUAAAUUUGUCGGUGAACGAUGAUACUAAAGAAAUUCUAGUUUCAAUUUUAUUCAGUAAAACUUAAUUAAAUUAAAUUUGCCAAAGCAGAAGUAUUUCUAAUUUAUAGACUAGGAAGAAAAAUAGAAUUUUUUGCAUCAAUUUGGUCAAUUUAGAAAUCAUUUCGUUUCAAAUCGAUUCAUCAAUUUGGGAUACUUGGUCAAUUUAGAAAUGCGAAGA